AUGACAUCCACACUAUAUCAGUUCUUUGUUGGUGAGAUAAAUAAUGGACCACAUCAAACCACAGUCUUCAACAGUUCAUUUCUCGAAUUAUACACUCCGGAUAUGGGAUUGCACAAAGAAACAAUAAGGGCUGCUCAAGGCCCCCAGGCUCAGUUCCAACAGGGACAUCAGAUUCCAAUCCAACAUCAGGAGCAGCCUGGUCUUCAGCAUGAAAUGGAAGACCCAAAGCCCACAUCAACACAGUUCCCGACUGAAGACAAUAGCUAUCAGACAUACAAGCCCGCAGGAAAGUUGGUCGGCAAGAAGGCUUUAAUAACCGGAGGAGACUCGGGAAUAGGUCGAGCUACCGCUAUCCUCUUCGCAAUGGAGGGUGCAUCCAUUCUGAUCACAUGUUUGCCUGAAGAGAUAACAGAUGCCCAAGAAACGGUUCGUUGGGUUGAGGAGAAAGGAGGGAAGUGCCAUAUUUUCAAAUCGGACUUGCGAGGCGCAGGAAAUUGCAAGAAGGCUGUCGAGCAGGCGCUAGAGAAGUUGGGCGCUAUCGACAUAUUGGUCAAUAACGCUGGCACACAGACUAUGAUCAAAGAUAUAAAGGAUUUAGAUGAGGAACAGUGGGAAGCCACAUUCGACACGAACAUCCACUCCGUCUUUUACCUCUCCAAGUACACACUUCCCCAUCUUAAGAGCGGGUCGAGUAUCAUCAAUUGCGCCUCUAUCAACGCCUACAUCGGCCGGCCAGACCUACUAGACUAUACGUCUAGUAAAGGCGCGCUUAUCGCCUUCACUCGAGGGUUAUCCAAUCAACAAGUGAAAAACGGCAUUCGCGUAAAUGCCAUAUGUCCCGGACCAGUCUGGACCCCACUCAUUUCUGCGACUAUGACCACUUCGGCCAUGGAGCAAUUCCAUGAGACCCCUAUGGGUCGACCGGGUCAGCCUAGUGAGGUUGCUUCAUGUUUUGUCUUCCUCGCGAGCCAAGACAGCAGCUUUAUUUCCGGACAAUGCCUGCAUCCUAAUGGGGGCGUUGUAGUUAAUGGCUGA